AUGAGCUGUCAACUAUUUGAAGAACAAGAUCAUACAAAUAAAUAUCGUCUUUAUCGACCAGGUUAUCCACGUCAAUUAUUCGAAUAUAUUAUUAAUUAUUAUUUCAAUAAUAAUCAAACAGAUGCAAAAAUUCCAUUUGCACUUGAUGUUGGUUGUGGUAGUGGACAAGCUACAGUUGAAUUAAGCUCAUAUUGUGAUCGAGUUAUUGGUAUUGAUGUAAGUGCUAAUCAAAUAGCACAUGCAAUUCAAAAAGAUAAUGUAGAAUAUCGAUGUCAAAAAGCUGAAGAUUUGACAUUUCAAGAAUCAAAUUCCGUUGAUUUAGUUACUAUUGCUACAGCAUUACAUUGGCUUGAUAUUGAAUCAUUUGUUCAACAAGUUCAACGAGUACUUAAACCAAAUGUUGGUGUUUUUGCUGUAUGGACAUACGCAUUAGGUACAUUAGAUAAUCCCGUAGCUGAUGCUAUUAGUCAUGAAUUUACUGAUGUAACAUUAUUUCCAUAUUGGGAUAGUAAACGAUGGUUAGCUGAUGAUUAUUAUCAAUCACUUUUACCAUUAUUACCUUAUAAAUCAACUCUUGUUGAACAUACAAUAGAAAAACGAGUAGAAACAACAAUUGGAGAAUAUAUUAAUUUAAUUCAAACAUUUUCUGCUUGUCAAACAUAUCGAAAACAAGAAGGUGAAAAAUCAUUUGAAAAUUUAUUAGAAAUAUUACGUGGAAAAUUAAUUGAUUCAUAUAUAAAUACUCAACAACGAAAAAUGAAUGAUGAAAAAUUUGAUUUUAAUUCUAUUAAAAUAACUGUAUCAAGUCCAAUACGACUUUAUUUAAUGAAAAAAACUCAAACAAAUUAA